AUGGCUGCUUCAUGUGCUUCUUCUCCCAUCAAAUCACAUACCUCUUUCGAUGAGCUUCAAAAAGGUUUUAAUAAGAAGAAUGUGCUUGCUAGGAUAAUCCAUUAUUGGAAGGCACGAAACGCCAAAAAAGGAGGGUUGCUAAUGGGUUUCGAACUCCUUUUCAUCGAUGAAAAGGAAAACAUCAUCCAAGCAUUCAUACCAGCUAAUCGAGUAGGUUACUAUCAGCUGAACCUAAAAGCUGAUACUGUCUACAACAUUAAUAACUUUCUGGUUAUUGAUAACAAAACCAGCUACAAUGUGUCUGCUCACAAGUUUCUAAUCCAAUUCGCUCCAAAAACCGUGUUGGAUAAGUCCGACCAGCAUGAUCAUAUUAUAGAGAGACAAACGUUCCGGAUCCGUUCUUAUGAUGAGUUAAAAAAAAUAGUAGACAAGAAUGAAGAUCUAUACGGUAAAUUAAUUAUUUUAUCUCUAUAUGUCAUUGGAAAAGUGGUCCUCAUCAUUGAUAAUGAGAAGAACUUCAAUGGUGUGGCUAAAAACAAAGCCGAAGUUCAUCUACAACUGAAAGAGUAA